AUGAGUGCACAAGUCGUUGAAUCACAUAAUGUAUUACCAUUUAAUGCUGAAUUAAUCAAUAAAUAUUCAAAAUAUGUUAAAACGAUAUCUAAACGUGUUGUUGAAGUCGAAUUUUGUUGGUUUCAAAAAGAUCCGAGACAAAGUUUUAACAUGCGUAUGACAGAAAAACAAUUUGAAGAAGCAAAGAAAAAUAUUCGAUCAAAAAAACUUCUUCAAAUGAAAUUUGAAACAUUUUCCGACUUAAUUGCUGUUGUUUUUGCAAAUGAUGCUGAUAUUGACACGUACACAUUACGAAAUACAUUUGAUCAUCUUUUUGAUCAAAAUAAUAACGGAACAAUAGAACGGGAAGAAUUUGAAUCGUUAUUAACCUUACUGCAAGCAUUUCAUCAUGAAAAACAUCUACAAAAUAAUUUUCAAUUAACAGAAAGUUUUAGCCGAGUAUUUGAAGAUAGAAAUAACCAUAUCAGUUUUAAAGCGAAACGAGCAACAGCCCUUAUUACAGGCAGUACUAGUGGAAUUGGCCAUGAUUUAGCGAAAGGUUUUGCAGCUAAAGGUUAUAAUAUUGUGGUUAAUGGUACGCGAAAGGAAGGAUACCAAAUAGCUGAACAGUUAAAACUCGAACAUAACAUCGAUGCCAUCUAUUUACCAGCUAAUAUGAAAAAUGCUGAUGAAUUGAACACAGUUGUGGAAAAAACAUUAGAAAAAUUUGAACGAAUAGAUGUUUUAAUCAAUAAUGCUGGUGUUCAGUAUGUUGCACCUAUCGAUGAGUUUCCAAUUGAAAAAUGGCGUGAUAUUAUUGAUAUUAACUUAACAUCAGCAUUUGUAUUGUCAAAAGCAGUAUGGCAACAAAUGAAAAAACAGCAUUUUGGAAGAAUAAUAAAUAUGGCGUCAGUUCAUUCACUCGUAGCAUCCGAAUAUAAAACAGCGUACGUUUCUUCAAAACAUGCGCUUAUUGGUCUCACCAAAGUAUUGGCUCUUGAAGGAGCUCCUCAUGGAAUUACUGUAAAUUCACUUUGUCCUGGCUACGUAAGAACUCCAUUAGUUGACAAGCAAAUUCAUAAUCAAGCUAAAUAUCAUAAUAUUAGUGAAGAAGAUGUCAUUAGUAAAAUAUUGCUUACAAAACACGCUAUUAAGGAAUUUGUUACUACAGAUACAUUGACAGAAUUAACAUUGUUUCUCGCUAGUGCACAAGCAAGUACAAUUAGUGGAACAGCCAUACCAAUCGAUUGUGCAUGGAGUUCCAGUUGA